GGACCCCGUCGGUCAGCCCCACCGACUGAUCCAAAGCCUCGCCUUCAGGGCCUGUAUGGAGCCAGUCUGAUCGGGAUUGCACCUACCAUCGCUUAUCGCCAGGACCUUUGGGCCGAUUGUGCUUUCUCUGCCCGAACAUAA